UUGUCACCCUUAUAACGAAUGUUUACCUGAGGGGAAAAGCCCUAAAAUAACAACAAAACCUUAUCCUGCCCGUCUUCCCAUCGGACCACUUUUUUUUUUGCUUUUUAAAAAACCCUAUUUGGUAAAUCGUGAGCGAUAUCAACAAUCUUCAAACUCCCUCCCCUCCCCCUUUUCCCCAGCACACCCCCUUUUUUCCCCACCCCCUGCAACGUCAGUCUGAAGGGCUCGGUCGGUGUGCUCAGGAAAGUCCGAGGCUCGGUAUUAGGCCUGGUUUGAUGAAUCCUAAGUUUUUGUUUUUUUUGAGCAAAAAUAAGCAACACAAAAAAAUAAACACACAAGAGAGAGAGAGAGAGAGGAAAAAAGGAUCACUAGAAGAGGGGAGAAGGCAGCUCUAUUCAGAAACGAUUAUUGAGAGAAAAACCGGGGCAGAAACUCGCUGGCAUAUGGUGAAUGAUCAUAGAAUCAUUAUGGCACAAGAAGGAAGCCAUUUGGCCCAUUGGGUCCACACUGGCUCUUUAGAACAACCCAGUCAGUCUUACUUCUCGUCGCAGAGAUGAACAGAACUUCUUCAAGGCUGGUUUCGCUGGUCUCCAUCCUCCCCCAGGACAAUAUACAGUGACAGAUGUGCUGACUACAUUUCAAAAUAACUCAUUGGUUGUGAAGCGUUUUGGGAUGUUCAGAGGACAUGAGAGGCAAUAUUUUCCCUCAUGUCCAUGACCUACACACAACACUGUGGCUGCUGGGCCUCGGUGUGGUCAGGCACUGUGCUUCGGACCCCGUGAUAAACACAACUUGGUGUUGGACGUCAUGAGCAUAGUAAUUCCACUGGGAGUUACUACACCAGAUACUUCUUACUCUGAUAUGGCUGCUGGUUCAGACCCAGAGUCGGUGGAAGCUAGCCCUGCAGUUGCUGAGAAGAACAGCUAUCCAAAUCACAACUAUGGGAGCGCACAACAUCACGGGUAUAGAGGCCUGCCUUACGCAGACCAUAACUAUGGUGCUCCACCUCCUCCAACACCUCCAGCUUCACCACCUCCACAGACCAUCAUCGCCCGAGUAGAGUUGAAUAGACUACGUUGCCAGCGAUACGAUGAUAAUUCUGAGGAUAGCGAAAGUUCAUCUGAGGAUGAGAACAUUCCCUGGUGUCAUUGUAGUUUAACUCAGGAUGGUUUUAUUAUCGCUUGUGAGAACUGCAGGGGACUGGACAGGCGGAAGGUCAUCAGACUCCAGCGCAGGAAGCAGGAGAAUGUGUCUGGUGGAGAAAGCAGUGCAACUGAGAGUGGGGAUGAGGAAGUCUCACCCUCAACAGUGUCAUACACCGCGACACAACACACACCUACCAGCAUCACGCUCACAGUCAACCGAGUGAAAAGAACUAAGGCAAAGAAGAGAAAGAGAAGCACAGAGAAAGCAAGAAAUGCCCCCAAAGCCAAAAAAAUAAAGGCCUUUCGAGAAGGGUCCAGAAGAUCCAUGAGGAUGAAGAAUUCAUUGUCGGAAGCUCACGCAUUGGAUGAAAAUACAGCAGAGGGUUGGGAGAACCGGAUCCGCCUCUGGACAGAUCAGUAUGAGGAAUCCUUUGCAAAUCAGUACAGUGCAGAUGUACAGAAUCUUUUAGAAUUGUAUCGGUUAACCAUGAAAGACUCUGUGGGAAAAAAUGUGGUGCUGGACACUAUUAAUAAAACUGAACUAGCCUGUAACAACACAGUUCUCGGCUCUCAGAUGCAGCUGCAGCUUGGUAAAGUCACAAGAGUUCAGCGGCAUCGCAAAAUUUUGCGAGCAGCCAGAGACCUAACACCAGACAUACUUAUUAUCGAAUACCGUGGUAAGGUGAUGCUAAGGCAGCAAUUUGAAGUUAAUGGACAUUUCUUUAAAAGACCCUACCCCUUUGUGCUAUUCUACUCAAAAUUCAAUGAAGUGGAGAUGUGUGUUGAUGCUAGAACAUUUGGGAAUGAUGCUCGAUUUAUUAGGAGGUCCUGUGCCCCCAAUGCAGAGGUACGGCACAUGAUCGCUGAUGGGAUGAUCCACCUUUGUAUAUACGCCAUCACAAACAUCCCUAAGGACAGUGAGGUGACCAUUGGCUUUGACUAUGAAUACAGCAGCUGUAAAUAUAAGGUUGACUGUGCCUGCCACAAGGGGAACCAGAAUUGUCCAGUACAGAAACAUAACCAAGGAUCGAUGGAGCCCCCAGUAGGCGCUGAGACACGACGGAGAAAAGCCAGGCGGAAAGAAUGGGAGAUGGAGUCUGAGCUCAAUCAGGCCUCUGAUGAAAACAGCAACCAGCAGCAAGAGGAGCCAGCAGAACCCAAAGACCAACCGGAGUUACCUGUCCAAAACCCAGCAAGUGACAGUGAGGAAGGGCCCGGAGAAGGAGAUCGAAUAAAAGUAGAAGAAGAAAACGAGGAAUCUGAAAUGGAUGAACAGCUCCGUGCAUUAGCACAAAGUAAACUGUCGCGGGAGCAGCGGAAGAUGGAAGCCAUCAUGCAGGUAUUUGAGAACUUAGAGAAGAGAAAGAAAAGGCGUGAACAGGUGGUUGAGCGCAGUGCUAGUCAGCCUGGUGUCGAUGUCAACCCGGAGACUCCAACCACAGAUGUGGAGGAGGUGAAACAGGAGCCUGCAGCAGAAGAACCGCCGCCCAGUGGGGCAAAAACGCCACAGCUUGCAGGGGUAAACACACGGCGAACUUCACAGAUAGGGGAGCAAGUUCCAGAGAAGCCUGUUAAGCCUCCUGCUUCAAAACCAACAAAACCCAGACCCAAAAAUCGGUUCUCACGCUAUCGCUCCAGUUCAGCACAACGACUACGUCGACAGCGACAAGCAAGUAGCCAGUCAGAACCAACACCAGUUGUAGCAGUUGAGGAGGGAGCAACAGGAGCUGUUGUGACAGACUCUACAUCUACAGAAGGUGUGGCAAGUGUAGGAGCCCCAGGAGUUGAGACUACAUCAGGAUCUGCUAUUGCCUCCCAAACCAAUCGAACCAGUCUCAAGUAUCCUAAAACCAAAAGGUAUUUGGUUACAGAAUGGUUGAAUGACAAGGUUGAGCGAUCAGACUGUCCAUAUGACCGACCAUUACGCAUCACAACAGAUCCUACUGUAUUGGCAACAACACUGAACAUGCUGCCAGGCCUGAGCCACAGUCCCCAUAUUUGCACAACCCCUAAACACUACAUCCGCUUUGGUUCUCCCUUCACCCCUGAAAGACGAAGACAGAGAGUUGUGUGUGACGGCAACUAUGGAUCUUGCAAAAAGCGGUGGAUAAAACAGGCAAUGGAUGAGGCCAUGGUACAAACUCCCCAUGCACCAGACAAAGGACAAGAAACACCACCCUUAUACCAAAGCAGUGACAGCAGCAACGUUCCUGACAUACCAGAUAGCACUGUUGCUUCAACAGAGUUGAUAACUCCUCUGAAGAAGCGAAAGGCCCGGUAUCUGUCAGACGUGAGUGUGACUGAUUUACCCGGACCUUGUAGUCCACUAUCAGCGCCUGCAUCUGUCACAGAUACAGUUAUGUCCAGCCCGACGGUAAUGACACCUUGCACCUUGUUUCCAGGAGAAGAGGAGAAGAAAAAUGGAUAUAAUGUAGUUUACUCUCCCCUUCACUCCCAUGCUGCUAGCCGAUGUAAUACCCCACUACAGUUUGAGAACAUUUCCUCUCCUGAGAGUUCCCCAGUGCAUAGGCCUGAGCCGUUUUCACCGGAGCCGCCUCUGAGAGCGGAUAAUGACCAGUCCAGGACUGGCUUCUCAGAUCUCUCUCUGCAUCCUGACCCGGACACUACCACACUCCGGGUUACAGCGGUCACCGAUGGGCUGUUGUCAGAUUGUGCUGCUCAGCCUCCUUGUUCUGCAUUAACAUUCCCCAGUGAAACUGAAACUGGGCUUACAGGGAGGAACGGUGAUGGUCUCUCAUCCCUGAAAAAUACAGAACAAACCUUCAGGACAGAGUUUAAUUUAAUUUAUGCCUGUUCGCCUUUGAACUCCAAUCUCCGAGACCUCACUCCAACACACAGGCUAGAGGGACCAUACAGAGGACUGGAGAACAGAGCCAGUUACAUCAACGAGAGGAAAUCUUCACAUUCGGAGCGAGGUUUUGGAGAAACUGUGUAUAUGAGUCCAUCUGGGGACACUUGCUUUAACAGGCAAAGCCAAGGACUCUUAUCUGAGACACUGCAAGGAGCCAUGUCCCCUCAAGCAGACCGGCAGCCUUUGUAUUUUGAAGGAAAUGCAACAGCUCAGCAGAAUCCACCACAGAAGAAGAAGGUAUCCUUGCUGGAAUAUCGAAAACGACAGCAGGAGGCGAGGGAAAGUAGCUCCAAAUCAGACAUCCUAAGCUCAGAUCCUUCCAAAACGCCCAACACUAUGGGCACUCCAACUAGGCGAGGUAGUGAUGGCUCUUCUGCACAAACCGCAACCAACGGUGACUCCACUGCCAUGUCUCGAUCAUCACAAAGAUCAUCAUCACCCUCGAGCGGUUUUUCAUCACCAGUGCACCCAUCAAUGCCUCAGAUUGAAGAAGUCAGUCCAACGGAUCCUGGUAGCAGCAAGAAUGCAACUCUGUCUGCAGCAGCCAGCAACAAAAGCCGAGACAGCAUGAGCACGAGGUGGAUGGUUCCUACAUCAGUAGAGCGAUUACGAGAGAAUCCGGGCAUGUUGGAACGUGUUCUCAGGAGGACGGAAAUUGGAAAUUUGAAGCGAACAGGGGGAGAUGAUAGAAGUACAUUGGACCGUGUUCUACGGCGAAUAGAAACUGGUGCAGUGGACUGUGGCAGGGAGAAGGAUGCAGAUACCACAAAUGGUGAUGGACAAGAGACACAUGGGCCAACACGCACCAAGAUUUCUCCAAUUCAUAGUCCCCAGAGAUACAGUCACAGUCCUUCCAGAUAUAAUCAUCAGCUUCUACAGGCACAGUCUGAGGGACACCCCUCUGAACCUCAUGUACUUCCGCAACAAAGCAUGUCCCCCUACAGAACGCACAGCUCCUCGAGUGUUCCCAUGGCUCACACACAAGGACACAUCUAUAGAUCUUCAUCCCAUGCCCUGGGGCAGAGUGGAUCUCAGAGUCAGCUAGAUUCCAGCCUCACAACUGCUCCUCUCUCCACACUCUACUCAAGCCCAGUUCAUUCGGCGUCUGUUGAUACCUCUGUCGUCCAGUAUGUAGGGAAUUCUGGGUACUUUAGUGGUCAGCAGCAUUCUGGGAGUGUAUUGCAUUCAUUGAAUAGCACUCAACAAAAGACUAAUUCUGGAAGUACUCCUUCUACAGCUGCUAGCCCACUACAAAGCACCACAAAAAGUAUAACAACUGACUCCACUCUUAUCCCAACCCUGAGCACCAUAAACUCUACUGUUUCACAGACUGCAAGGCCAUCACAAUCGGGUUCAUGGACCUUAAGCUCAGCAAAUUCGGGGCAACCACUUCACUCUGGAGCGAAGAUUACAACAGCAUCAAGUUCUCAGCACUACCGAAAUACUGGGAUAACCCAGUACCAACCUCCACAGGUCCAAGGUGCAAAUGUAAGAACACAAUCAAGCACGUACUAGACUAUGGACACAGCCAUGAUCAUGUUGGAGAUGUUUACCUGGAUGCAUAACUCAUCUAUGUGUGUCUAUAUAGGCCACCAGCAUAUGUACCUAUUGUGGCAUAAACAACUUUAAAGUAUGGACCUCAUGUUCUGGAGAUUGUUGGGCGUAAACCAGCAUUUACUAGAACCCCCUUCAUACUGUACAAAAUCCUGUAUAAAAACAAAAAUAAGAAUUAAGAAUUGUGUACCUAUUGGUAAGGUACAUUUUAAGCUUAUAAUUCAGAUAAAUAUUGUUUAGGCUUUUUUCCUCCAGUUUAUUUUAAAUAAACUAGUCAGGUGCAGUAAGACUUUUUUUUAAUCGAAAAGAAAGCAUUUGUAGCGUCUGAAAUUAAGGCACAAGGGAAGGGAUGAUAGCGUGGGGAGAGUUUCUGUAGACUACCAUUCCACGUGCCAGCUUCUCACAUGCAUACUGUAAUAUCCUGGAGUAGAAGAUUUUAUUUAUCUAAUUUUAUAUAUAACCAUUCUAGGCUAGCUAUUACCUUACCCACACAGCGGAGUUUAAUCCACGGUGCUGCAGAGUUUUUAUUUUACACCUGAUGCUGUGAGUCCCCUGGUGUUGAGGCGUGGGAGUGGAAAAAUGUUGUAUUUCAGUGACUGUUACAAUCUCAAAAGUUUUUUUUAAUUUGAAAUCUUAAAUUCAGGUGUUUGUUCAACUGAAGGGACGAGUGGUCUCCAUUUUGAAAGAUGUAACAUGUGACAAAUACAAGUUUAAACAAGUGAUGCAGUCUUGCUGCAUAUUGUAUAAUGAGAGUUUAAUACUGUUCUUUUAUUCAGAACACUCUGUAUAUACCACAACUACUUGUUAUCCUCAGAGGAUUUAGUUGCCUGACUUUGCAUUAUGUACAUUGAUAAUUUUUUUUGUGUAUAAUUUCUCUGCACCUUUUAUCCUCUUCAUUUUCUUUUUUUCAACAACAGCUUUCAAUCUCUCAUUGGGCGUCUCCGUGUGCAGUCUUUUUUUUCGAUGUGCGAUGUGCAUGAGGCGAGUUUGUUCCUGAAUGUAGCUGUUGACUGAGUUGCACAUCAUUUACAAUCAAGGAGAAAUUUUAAAAAAUAAAAAAUAAAACAGUAGCCUUGCUUUCUAAACAUGUACAGUCAACCCCUCCUGUGGAGUGUACAAAAAUAAAACAGUUCAUUUCUGCACAA